AUGUCUCCUCGUGCGAGCCAGAAGAAAUCAAAGCGUAAAGCUGUAGAUUCUGAUGGUCAAGCAAAUUCUGCAAAGAAGUCGCGUGCUGGGGCCAAGGCAUCCGUGGUGUUGCAAGAGCCAAUUUCUGCAGACAAACCGUCAGUUCGACGUUCUGGACGUUCUGGCGCAGGAAAAGGAGGUAGGGUUGAGCAACUCGAAAAAAUCGGUGCUCUCUUGGAUGCCCCGGCACGGACUACUCAGCCCAAGGGCUCCACCUCCCUUGACAUCGAUGUACCAACCAAUCCUCUGGCACCUGAACCACCUCGUAAGGGUCGUGGUAAUCGCACAAAGGCAGGUCUGUUUAUGUUGGUGUUAGAUAUUAAUAUUGAACAUCGACAGAAACCCCCUCCACCAUAUACCGUCUCGGAAACAGUGGAGGAUCCUGCAACUUCUAAAACAGGGGGAAAGAAAGGUACUAGUAAGGCAACAAAGAAAGACUUGGAUGUAUCGAAUAUGCAUCCCGCUUUUUCUCACCGCCAAUCUGGUAGCCGGUUUGGCUUUGCGCAGCCCAUCGUCCCUCCUGGCACGGAACCUGACCUACAAGUACUCAACAAUCCAUAUGUAGCGGCCGCCAGUGAACAUCGUGCUCGGUUAGCCUCCCUGGAUCCCACUACACGUCUUCCACCCACUACCGUCACCUCUGGAAACAAUGAUUCGGCGCAACCAGCACCUUCACAAGCCACGUUGGUUAUGCGUCAAUCUGACGCUACGUUCUACAAGAACCUCGACCCUGCUCUGAUGUCAGCUGGAGAUGUACAUUCGGGAGCGGGAGAUACGGGAUCCCGGAGUUCAGAGGCAUCCACUGACGACAAUGAUGACGAUGGAGGCCAUGCUGACGAUGAUGAAGAGGAGGAGGAAGAUGAUGUCGAAGAUCAAGAAGUUAGCUGGGGAGCAGCGCAUGGGCGCCUUACUGCGCAUCCUGGUUUUUCGAAGGAAGUCGAACCAUCACAACCUCGCGUCACCACUGCUCUUCCAACCGAUUUCGAGUUUCAAUACUCACGCGAUGAGGAUGAAAACAUGGCCGAGAAUAAUUUGGCAACUGAUGUGUCCAGUGACGAUGAGAAGCCCGCGGAGCAUACUGACGAUGUUCUGCAGGUUCACCACAAGCGAAACGGACACCCCCAUCUGCCUGAUCCUGCCGUCCUCGAGCUUUUGCGUCAGGCCGAGACCAAACCUCUCGAUUCAAAUAUCAAAGCUCGUAAGGUAUCAGCCAAGAUAGCAGGUGAAGGGCCCAAGGCCACGCAGCUGAGUUGGUAUGGUCCUCGUUGGAAGAAGUUUCUCGAGGACACGAAGGGAGAGUGCCGUGUCGAGCAUGCGAUAGAGGAUCCGUUCCCGACCUUCGUUGAUGGCUUGUCGGGAAGCGUUUACGAGGUCCUUACAGCUUCGCUUGUACAAUGGCUUGAAAGCGGCCAACAAGUCGAAGGCGAUAUUUGGCCCGAUCACAAGCCCGACAUGGCCAAGCUUCUGUUUGAAGAUCUAUCUACAUGGCGCUCGGACCUCAAGAAAAUCGCUAUCAGUAUCGCACCCUCUAUGUAUGACAUAAUCCCACCAUCUCAUAUCCCCCCCCAAGAACGUGCUUCGUGGGUCCAAGAAUGCGCUGCAACCUUACUCGAAGGAUCUCUUUUUUUGCGCAAUGGUGUAGAUAGUCUCGGGAAAACUCAAAAUGUUGCUCACCCUGCGCUCCGCGAAGCCACUAUUUCGUUCUUUUACACUGGAUCCUAUCGUGUCGCCCGCAGGAGACCAGAUAUUUUCCGUGAGCAGCUACCACUGGAAUGCUUAGCUUUGGUUUGCACAGCGUUCAAUUGCGUCCUCGAUGGUUUAGUCAAGAACGGUAACGGAAAGACAUACCCGAACUUUUCUUCCAAGGAGUAUAAGGCUAUCUAUACCAAGAUGGUCAAGCUACUCAACGAUAUCAAGGAGCACCCUUAUCACGGACCAAAGCUCGCAAAACAACUUCGUUUAUGGUCUGCGUCCGGAUGGCAAGGUUUUUUUUUGUUCGAGUUUUUCAACGCUAAUCUUUGUUUCACGCAGGGCGGAGUCCUUUAAGGUCGACGGCAGUGAUCUUUCGAAGCAUCAUCAUCUUCAAGUCCUGCUCGAUUGAGCGCUUAGGUUCUUGGCGCCGCAUAGUACAGGUUUUAUUUUACCGUGAAUCGAGC